AUGGAUCUUACAACAAUGCAAUCAUUAAUAUUUAACAAUACAAAUCUCACUUGUCCAACACCUCUUCUAUGGACUUCAGACAAUAUUCAAAGUCGUAAAGCUCGACUUUGGAUAUGUAUAAUAGCUGUAAUCAUCCAUGGAAUAUUUUGGCUUCAACUUGUAUUUAGCUCAUCUGUCCGACAAAAAUCAAUGCAAUGGAUUUAUGCGUAUCUUAUUGCUGAUGCUCUUCUACUUCUUCGAUUUUUCUUCACUUAUAUUAUUCAUACAAUAUCUACUGAUUGUCAACCAAAUAAAGCGUGGUUUUUAUUUAUCUGCUACUUUGAAGCAGCAGUCGAUAAUUAUCUUAAUAUAGUUGAAGUAUAUGUUCUAUUAGCUUUAAAUGUAUGUCGUUAUGUACAAAUAGCAUACAAUCGAAAUGUUUAUAAACAUCAUACAAUUCUUUUAACGUUAGCUCAUAUAAGUAUCUAUUUAAUGCCAUUUAUAUCUUUAUUCAUACAAUUUAUAUGUGGAUGGACUCAAGUACAAGUAGUUAUUGGGGGUUCAUGUCAAGUUAUUUAUACAAAUCUGUAUAUUCAGAUAUUUAAUAUUAUUACUGCAUUUGCACUUCCUAUCUUUCUCAAUAUUUUAAUCAUUUAUGCUAGUGUUCGUCAUAUUCGUUUAACAUCAAAUUUACAACGAACACAACAUCAUGUUUCUGCUCGUGAGAAAUAUAAUCGAUCAUUAGUUAUUCAAUUUCUUAUUUUUUAUAUUAUCUGGGUGGGACUAUGGUCACCAAAUAUUAUUGUUUUUCAAGUAUCAAGUGGUGGAAAUGCAACAAGUAUUGCUAGAACACUUAAUUUUAUUGAAAUAGCCUUAGAUCCAAUUAUUAUUGCCGCAUUAGAUGUUCGUUUUUGGCAAUCAUGGAAAAAACUUUGGAUGCAUUUGAGAAAAAUCAUACGCUUCGAAGUAUCUAGUCGAGCACAAAUUCAUCCAACAACAACGAAAGCCAACGCGUUUUCAUACAAAACUCCACAACUACAAACAACUAAAUUUUAA